CUCAAACCGGAAAAGGCAGCCCAGCUAAAACCAAAACAAAGCGAACUGCUGCCAAAACUAAAUACUGAGAUGGUCUUUAUAGUUUGGCCAUUUUAACUUACCUAUACCUGCACCAUCGCAUAAUUUAGAAGAGUGAAACUUGUGAAAGAUGCCCUGUGAAUCAGACUCAGAAGAAAACCCUCCUCGACUCCCACCAUCAAAAUGGACACUGCGCAGGAACCUGGUGGGCUUUUGGCUAUUUGGCCUGUGCAAUAACUAUCCGUACGUGAUUAUGUUGAGUGCUGCGAUGACCAUUCUCCACGACAAUGGGCUGCCCUCUGGGGAUGUUCAGACUAACACAAGUUCCAAUAGUUCAAGACACCUGCACUGUAAUCCAAUAGGGACAGGGGCAGUGCUGCUGGCUGACAUUCUCCCAGUGAUUAUCAUCAAAGCCACAGCUCCUUUCUUCAUACAUAGAGUACAGUACAAUGUCAGAGUGGCAUUGGUAAUCUUGUUUGGUGCUGCCAGUUUUCUCACAGUUGCAUUUUCUCUUGAAGUAUGGCUAUCUCUUCUGGGUGUGGUGUUUGCCAGUGUCAGCGGUGGCUUGGGAGAACUGACUUUCCUGCAGCUGACAACUUUCUAUGAUGUGCACACAGUGUCAGCGUUUGCCUCAGGGACUGGAGGGGCGGGGUUAUUUGGAGCCCUCUCUUAUGCAGGACUAAGAACUGCCAAGGUGUCGCCAAGGAAUUCUAUACUCAUUAUGCUCGUUAUACCCGUUGCCAUGGCAGUAGCUUUUUAUAUCAUUUUGGUCAAGCCCCCUCAGCUUCGGGGACAUUGUUUUGGUGGUAGAGAGUAUAGUCUUCUAGCCCCGGGUCAGGAGAGCAGUAGUUAUCAGGAAUCUGGGAAGACUGGUGCUGCUAUUUCAAGGUACACAUUCAAGGAAAAGCUUUUUCUUAUAAAGCCCCUGCUCAAGUAUAUGGUGCCGCUGACGUUGGUCUAUUUUGCUGAAUAUUUGAUCAACCAGGGAUUGUAUGAAUUAGUGAACUUUGAAGACAUCUGGCUUACUAAUGAUGAGCAAUACGAGUGGUACCAGAUGGACUACCAGCUGGGGGUGUUUAUUUCCCGGUCUUCAGGCAGUUUUCUUCCCAUUAACAGACUCUGGGUACUCCCCAUACUACAGUUCGUAAACCUGGGUGUAUUUACCUCAGAUGCUAUACUUCGUUACAUGCCCAGCAUCUGGAUCGUACUGGUGCUGAUUUUCUGGGAGGGACUGUUAGGUGGCGCCGCCUAUGUUAAUACAUUCCGUAAAAUCAGAGAAGAGAUCCCUGCAGACCAUCGGGAGUUCAGUCUGGGCGUGGCAUCCCUGGGGGAUGCUCUAGGGAUAGCUGUGGCUGGGAUGGUCUCUAUUCCACUUCAUGUUAUAUUGUGUGAUAAUGUGUAGGUUAAGGGGUCUGCAGGUGCUUCUUCUGGAUUCCACUUCAGCAUUUCGUGGGAAAAUAUCAUGAAUUUGAUUUUACUGCCUUUCACCAUACAGUUGCUUUAUGAAAGAAAAAUGUAUAUUCCAACUUUGAAAUUAUAUUUAACUGUAACCAUCUGUAACCAAAUGAAUGUUAUAUUACUUAAAAUAACACCUGGAACAUUAUAGAGUAAUACUUAAAGCACUCAAGCACAAAGGUCUGAAAUUAUCCUCAUCUUAUGAGAGGUGCAUUGACAGCUGUAUAAUACAUAUGCAACAUAGCACCAUUUUUCUUUUACUUUUUAUGUGCAGUUUUAUAUCAAAUUGUGUUCAAAUUUCACUGUUGAACCUCAAAAUGUAUAAGAAUCUCUCAGUCUCCUCACCAGUUUGAAUUUGUGAGAGCAAUUUAAGACAAUUUUGUCAUUUUUCAUUAAAUCCCGUACAUACUUGGUGCUAGGAGAGUAGGGACCAUUAAUGAAAUCAGGUUUUGUACAAUAACGUAGCAUCAUCGUUUAUUUAAACUGUAAUGGUUACAUCACUUUUGGAUAUAUCAGGUGAAGACUACGUAUUUUACAGCUAAAAUGUCAGUGGUUGUGGUUUCAUUUUUAUCAUGAUGCACUCGCUCAACAUUUAUAAAAUGAAUAAAACCUUUUAUUACAAAA